CGUAUAUGCAACCACAAUAAUAUUCCACGACCCUCCGAUACUCCUGUUAAGCAUCCAUGUAACCAACUACCGAAAGAUUGUCACCAUGCCACUGACAAAUUAUGAAAAGCAAAGGAGAAGGAGUAUUAUGAGGAGGUCACGGGUCUGUUCAUCAUCUACUGAAGAUGGAUCCAAUGGAUAAAUAUGGGACAUAUGAAAGCAGUGGUCAACCAGAAGAGCUUUUUGAUCACUCACUACAUUGGAGUGAGGUUAAAGAGGAGGCUGAAGAAUGUCUGAUUUCAGCUGUCUCGUUAGGAGUUGAAACAUCCCAGGUUUGUCCAAAGGAGGACCCUGAUGAACAAGAUCCCUCCUUUGACACAGUUUCAGACAUCUAUGGAGUUACAGAGCAAGAGCAUGGACAUAAAGGCAUGACAUAUCUCAAAGUAAAGGUGCCGCCUUCUCCAGUCCCAGUCAAAGAGGAGUCUGAAGAAUGCUCCCAUCUGCCAGUAGAUGAAGAGGAAGUUGCCUUAAUUACAGUGAAGAAAGAAGAGAAUGAAGACUGGUUGAAGUCAGAAGAUGAGGAUGUUGUGAAAGUGUCAGUGCCUUGGGAACCGUUGGAAACAUCAUCAUCAUGCUCAGAUACAGAGGACAGUGAGAUGGAAAGUGAUAAUGUGAAAGACUGUGAAAACCAUGAGCGUGACAUUUCACGAGGUUUAAUGAUUGAAGAUUGUAGCAGGAUUGAUCCAGGGAUGACGCCAGAUACAGAUGUGAAAGCUAAUGCUGUCGAUUUCAGUGAAUCUAAAGGGGGGUCCUCCUUCUACCCAUGCCCCCAUUGUACACUUGGUUUCACCAUAGAACGUUUUUUCCAUGGGCAUCUCAAGAGGGCCCACCCUGAAGAGUACAUCGCUCUGCUGAAGUCUGGGGAAAUAAUUGCAACAAAAAAAAAGUGUUCACAGCUGCCCCCAGCCACAUGCCCGCAAUGUGGCAAGAGCUUCUCCAAUAAAUAUGUUAUGGAAAAGCAUCAGAGGAGUCACACAGGAGAGAAGCCAUAUCACUGUGCAGACUGUGGGAAGAGCUAUGUCUUUGCUGAUUCACUCAAAAAACAUAAAAAAAGAUGUGGGAAAGGAUUCCGAAGACAAACCCAACUGACCAGCCAUGAAACGAUCCCCACAGGAGAGAGACCAUAUAAAUGCUCUCAGUGUGGAAAAGGAUACCGAACACCAGCCAGUCUAAAAGCACACCAGAAAACCCACCCAGGAGAAAAGCCUUAUCAGUGUUCUCAGUGUGACAAAUGUUUUGGCUUUUCCAGAGACCUUAAGAGACACAGAUGGACUCACACUAGUGAGAGACCAUAUAAAUGCUUUGAGUGUGGCAAAGGAUUCGUCGAACAAACCCAACUGACUAGCCAUGAGCUUAUCCACACAGGAGAGAGACCGUAUAAAUGCUCUCAGUGUGCAAAAGGAUACCGAAGACCAGCCCAUCUAAAAAGACAUAAAAUGACCCACACCUAAUGAUUGCCUCCGGGGUAAAAAGUCAUUCUACUGGCUGGAAGAUUUGAUAACUUGGAACUUUGAUAUGCUGUAGAGUAUAUUAACUCUGGAACUUUGAUAUUCCCGUAGUAUAUAUGUUAUGUAAAGUUCAACAAUAUAUAGAAAAAUUUGCUACAUCGAAAAUUAUAUAUAUUCAAUAUUUAUGUUUUAAAAUAUUUAUAAAUUAAAAGGUUUGCUGUGUCUGUCAGCGUAGUGUCCAGAACAUGGAGGUGGUACCAGGACACAGGCCAGUACAUCAAGAGACGUGGAGGAGGCCGUAGGAGGGCAACAACCCAGCAGCAGGACCGCUACCUCCGCCUUUGUGCAAGGAGGAGCAGGAGGAGCACUGCCAGAGCCCUGCAAAAUGACCUCCAGCAGGCCACAAAUGUGCAUGUGUCUGUUCAAACGGUCAGAAACAGACUCCAUGAGGGUGGUAUGAGGGCCCGACGUCCACAGGUGGGGGUUGUGCUUUACAGCCCAACACCGUGCAGGACGUUUGGCAUUUGCCAAAGAACACCAAGUUUGGCAAAUUCACCACUGGCGCCCUGUGCUUUUCACAGAUGAAAGCAGGUUCACACUGAGCACAUGUGACAGUCUGGAGACGCCAUGGAGAACGUUCUGCUGCCUGCAACAUCCUCCAGCAUGACCAGUUUGGCGGUGGGUCAGUCAUGGUGUGGGAUGGCAUUUCUUUGGGGGGCCGCACAGCCCUCCAUGUGCUUGCCAGAGGUGGCCUGACUGCCAUUAGGUACCGAGAUGAGAUCCUCAGACCCCUUGUGAGACCAUAUGCUGGUGCGGUUGGCCCUGGGUUCCUCCUAAUGCAAGACAAUGCUAGACCUCAUGUGGCUGGAGUGUGUCAGCAGUUCCUGCAAGAGGAAGGCAUUGAUGCUAUGGACUGGCCCGCCCGUUCCCCAGACCUGAAUCCAAUUGAGCACAUCUGGGACAUCAUGUCUCGCUCCAUCCACCAACGCCACGUUGCACCACAGACUGUCCAGGAGUUGGCGGAUGCUUUAGUCCAGGUCUGGGAGGAGAUCCCCCAGGAGACCAUCCGCCACCUCAUCAGGAGCAUGCCCAGGCAUUGUAGGGAGGUCAUACAGGCACGUGGAGGCCACACACACAGCCUCAUUUUGACUUGUUUUAAGGACAUUACAUCAAAGUUGGAUCAGCCUGUAGUGUGGUUUUCCACUUUAAUUUUGAGUGUGACUCCAAAUCCAGACCGCCAUGGGUUGAUAAAUUUGAUUUCCAUUGAUAAUUUUUGUGUGAUUUUGUUGUCAGCACAUUCAAAUAUGUAAAGAAAAAAGUAUUUAAUAAGAAUAUUUCAUUCAUUCAGAUCUAGGAUGUGUUAUUUUAGUGUUCCCUUUAUUUUUUUGAGCAGUGUAUAAUUGUACACAUAGGGCCUAAUAUAGACACCCACCAAAAAAAGAAAGCAAAUAGUGUAAAUUUCAAAUAAAAAAAGGCCAUUAUGCCUGACUUAGAUUGGAUGCAUUCCGAUUUUUCUGUAGCCUCUGUGGCCAACGACCCAGGCACACAUAAUAAUGCCAUGAAUAGCGGUAGCAUUAAUCUCACAAAAAUCCAAAAGUAAAAUGUAAAGGGUUGGUCCCAUGUUUCAUGAGCUGAAAUAAAAGAUUCCGGAAAUCAUUCAUACGCGCAAAAAUUAUUUCUCUAUUUUUUUGCACACAUUUCUUUACAUCCCUGUUUGUAAGCGUUUCUCCUUUGCCAAAAAUAAUCCAUCCAAACAGCCUCACAACCGCAGACCAACUCACAACUCAUUCUGAUUUGCUGGGCCUGGCUCCCCAGUGGGUGGACCUAUGCCCUCCCAGGCCCACCCAUGACUGUACCUCUGCCCAGUCAUGUGAAAUCCAUAGAUUAGGGCCUAAUGAAUUUAUUUCAAUUGACUGAUUUCCUUCUAUGAAGUGUAACUCAGUAAAAAUCUUUUAAAUUGUUGUGUUUAUAUUUUUGUUCAGUAUAUAAUGAAAAGGUGACCAGAAACCAGAUUCCUUUUUUAAGGGACAGAUUUGUAUGGAAAGCCAAGUGGAAGGGAACAUUUAUAUGUUGUCAUCCUCAUAAUAACCGUGCGUGGUUUAACCGCAACAGAAUAGUACCCUUCAACUGAAGCAGCGGGAAACUAACGAGUGUCCACAUCUUUCACAAUCAUACCAUUACUAUACUUCUAAUGGUUUAGGACCAUCACGUGACGUCCUGACUACUGGUAAAACAGUCUUGCACCCACGUGCUAAUCUACGUUACUUUUGCCCCGAGCUCACACCCGGGAGGCAGCCCAUUUCCAAAAUGAAUGCAAUCCCUUUUUACCCUGGGAAACUCCUCCCGCUUGGGCAACCUGUGUCAGAUAAUCAAAUCCAUUCCAUAUCUCAUGUGAAGUCUUCCAAAAACACAUUUGCACAUGAAUUCACAUGUGAAAUUUCACUUGCACGUGACUUCACGUGAAAUUGUACAAAUGUUAAGUGUUCCAAAAGCACAUUUUCACACGUGAAAUGCGAUGUGUAGUUUCAUGGUAUCACAUGUUGAAAUUUUGCAUCUCCAUGUCACAUUUAUUUAACAUGAGAUCAUGUUCUCACAUGUUGUCACGUGUAGUUUCAUAUUAUCACAUUGCUUCACAUGUUGGACAUGUUAUCACGUUAACUUCACAUGUGAUCACACAAGAACUCACUUGUUCACAUGUGGAAUGCAUUAGUUUUUUCCAUAAUGGACACCACAAACAUUCAAUUGUUUAGUCCAGAUGUUGUUUAGUUUUCUAUUGUUUAGUUGAGAAGUGCCAUAUUUUUUAUUAUUUUUUAUUAUUUCUGCUGUACAAAAUGUUAAACAUGGCGAUGUUGUUCUCAUGUUCUCAAUAAAGGCUUUUAAUAUUUCA